UACAUGAUGUGAGAAAUUUACUUGCAGGUAAAGUACAAUUUGUUUCACGACUCGAAACCAGAAAGUCCCAGGAGUGUAGCAAGAAGUACUUGAACCUUAUCUUUUAUAUUUCCAUCGGCGUUCAUAUACAUAACGAUGACCGGGACAAGUAAGUCAUCUGACACCCUCUCCACUGUUGACAGCGGGAAUCCGCGCGCUGCUGAAGAAGCUACGCUAAAGGAACAGAUUCUCGCUCUCAGAAAAGAGAAUGCGACUUUAAAAGCCGAACUCAUAAAAACUAAGAUCUGCGCUCCGGAGAUGAGCGAAGAGCUCAAGAUGUUGAACAGAAACAACACCGCAAUGGAGUCGGCCCUUUUGAGUGCACAUAGGUGUUCCGAAGAAGUGUGGGAGAAGCAACUCAAUGCCAGCAAGCAUCAGAUACUCAAGAAUGAAGACAAACUCGAGGCCGUGUCGGGUAUACUGGAACGACUACAAGCUGUGUUGACUGAGCCACAAAGCCGACGCACAAGCAAUGCCAAUGGCAACGAAUGAAAUGGAAAAAUAAAACAAGAGUGUAGCAAGAUUAAACAUAAUUCAAUAGAUUUCUUGAAUGAGAUCUCUGCGGGUUAAGGUGGGAGUUGUUUGGGUCAGUUUAACUGGGGCG